AUGGAGGCCAAUCUUCAACAAUUGUCGCUUUCGGACGAGGAGGAUGAGGGGUUGGCUGUGGUCCCAGUUGCUGAUGCCCCUUCUUUUCGAUAUGAGAACUGUUUGGUGGGUAUGUUUUUGACUUUUAAUCGUAUCAACUUCAAGUCGAUGCGUGAGGUUUUUGCUGACAUAUGGCAUCCUUUGGGAGGGGUCGAAAUCACUGAGUUGGAAGCCAAAAGGUAUCUUUUUCGUUUUUUUGCGGGGGUGGAUUUGGAACGUGUUUUGCGAGGGACACCCUGGCUGUACAACAAUCAUCUUCUCCUUCUCCAUGCACUGGUGGAGGGGGAAGACCCUUUGCAGGUUCCAUUGAGUUUUGUGGAUGAGUGGGUGCAGGUUCAUGAUCUAAAGACAGGUUUCUAUACGCAAACGAUUGCUAUCAAUCUGGAGAAUUUUGUUGGUUCUUUUUUGGAUUAUGAUACUACUUACUGCUCUUCUAAUGAAAAAGAUUCUUAUAUGAGGAUUAGGGUUCAGGUGGAUGUUAGGAAUCCUCUUAAACGCAGGAAGAAGCUGGUUACACCUACAGGAGAGGCCUUUUAUGCUCGCUUUGCUUAUGAGAGGUUCAUGGUUUUCUGUUUCUUCUGUGGGCGUCUCGGCCAUACUGAUUCUUUCUGUGGUUUAUUAUUGCAUAAGAAGAAGGAAGAGUUGCAACCUCUAUGGGGGCCAGAACUUCGCGCAGUCCGCCGUCGCAAUCUUUGCCCGACCAGUUCAUGGCUGCGGGUGGAAACACCGUUUGUUCAGGCGACGCUCUCUCCGAAUAAUCAGGGCCCUUCUCUGGGACCUCAGCUGUUACCAUCCCAAUCUUUUCUAAAUUCCUUUUUGGGUACGUCUUCUACUACUGAUGGGCGGGAAAAGGCAGUAGGCCAGAUGGAAACUGAUCAGAAUCAUUUGGGCCCAAAUGGUUUAGGUGAAGAUGACCCAAUGCAGCAUUCUGUUGAGGGGAAAAAACGAUAG